GUAUUCUAUAUUGGACUCUACAGCAACCGGCGAUGUGACAGUUAGUGACAGUUCGGAAUUAUUGACUACGGCUGGCUAUAUUUAUAUACGGAUUGUCGUACAGCGAUAUUAUAGAGAUAAUUCCAAUAAAACGAACGCGACAGUGCGACAAUCAGGUCUUGUUAGCGCAAUAAUUUUGCUGUUAGGUUGGAAAAUACUUACGGUCUACGUGGAGGAAGUAGUCACAGCUGUACUCUUCUAUUUCCGAAAUUUCGAUCGUUGUAACAACCAGAUUUCGUAGCAUUUAUAUUUUUCUGUUGCGCUAAACCUGAUAAUUACCUUAAUCGAAUGAGUAAUACGCCGUGAAUUAUUACAGAAAUUGUUCUUGGUGUCUAAAUCAAUCUUUAGUAUUUGAGAUGGAGGAUGCGCAAGAAGAGUUGCAAUUUGUGGUAGACGAUGUGAGCAACAUUAUCAAGGAGGCAAUUGAAGUGUCAAUAGGUGGUAAUACGUAUCAGCAUAAUAAAGUUAAUCAGUGGACCUCAAAUGUGGUAGAAGCGUGCUUGGGCAAUCUUACAAAGUUACAAAAGGCUUACAAAUACAUUGUGACUUGUACGAUCAUGCAGAAAAAUGGUGCUGGACUUCAUACUGCAAGUUCAUGUUAUUGGGAUAACGCAACUGAUGGCAGUUGCACAGUGCGCUGGGAAAAUAAAACCAUGUAUUGCAUCGUAUCUGUUUUCGGACUGGCCCUAUAAGUAUAUCUAUCUGCAAAAAAAAUCUCCUGCGCUUAAAAAAAUGCAAUAAUUUGACAAUUAUAUUUUUAGUAAAUGUCACUUUCAAGAAUAAAACUUUUGUUCUAAAAUUAUUUGACAAAACUUGAUAUUUUUGCACAAUUUAUGGAGAUUAGGUAAAUAGAGCACAAAUGAUAGUGCUUAAAAAUAGGUAACGUAAUGCAAUCAUUAAUAUAUAUGAUAUAAAUAAAAUCAGGCAUAUAUUACAAAUAAUAAAUUGUGUUGAGAUAAAAUUUUCUUAUAUAUUUACCUCUACGAAAAUAUUCUCUUUAUCUACAUUGUAACUGAUGAAAAAUAAAUGCCAGAAGAGCAUCGA